AUGAUAUGGGUCACAAGGGCGAUGAAGAAGACUCUCAACGAGGACAACCACUCGACGGAGACAGCGACAUUCCUCACGGACUACGUGCACACGUUUAUCAUCAUGAUUAUAUUAGCGUGGCUCACCAUCAAGGUGAUUGUUGUUAAGGAGAUCGGUUCGAUUGGGGCUCUAUAUGAUGCCGUCAUCGCUGCAGACAAGGAGAAUCCGGUUGCUGGAAAUUACGAGGGCUCCCAUUUGACUAUGAGAAGCGAAGGAUGCCUGUACUUCGGUAUUCUUCAUGUCAUAUCUAACUUCGGCGCGGUAAUUAUGGACACCGGGUUCUGGCAAAAAGGGUUCUCGGCCGAUGUUGCAGCUGCUGUUCCUGGAUAUGUGCUUGGGGGCGUCGCUUCAUUCUCAGUACCAUGGACGGUUGGCACUAUCGUCGGUCUUGCUGGUCUUGCGCUGGAGAGGACGCCUGCAUUCCCCAUCUACCCAAGGUUGAUGACUGCGGAAGAGGUCGAUGCAGGAUUGGUACUUCCUUAUGUCACACAAGCAGUGGCAGGCAAAGCUGGGGCUGGCGCUCUCCUUCUAACAAUCUUCAUGGUCAGUUAA